GGUUCCUAGCGCCUGAAAAUGACGAAAACACGCUUCAAUACGUACGAUGUCGUGUGCUCCGUUACGGAGUUACAGAAAUUGAUCGGUAUGCGUGUGAAUCAAAUCUACGACAUCGACAACAAAACCUACCUGAUCCGGUUAGCUCGCAAUGAGGAAAAGGUCGUGCUGCUGAUGGAAUCUGGCCUGCGCUUUCACACCACCAGCUUUGAGUGGCCCAAGAACGUGGCCCCGUCCGGGUUUACGAUGAAAAUGCGCAAGCAUCUGAAGAACAAACGGUUGGAAAGUUUGCAGCAGCUCGGUGUGGAUCGUAUCGUAGACUUUCAGUUCGGAUCGGGUGAAGCGGCGUACCACAUUAUUCUAGAGCUGUACGAUAGGGGCAACAUACUGCUCACGGAUUGCGAUCUGCGCAUUUUGAACAUUCUACGACCGCACGUAGAAGGCGAAGAGUUACGGUUUGCGGUGCGCGAGAAGUAUCCGACGGGCCGUGCCAAACAGGACAAUGGUCCACCGUCGAUGGAACAGAUUAAGGAAGCGAUCCUGAAGGCACAUCCGGGUGACACACUGCGCACGGCACUAAACCCAAUUCUGGAGUAUGGUGCAUCGGUCAUUGAUCACGUGCUGCACAAGCAAGGUUUGUUCGGGUGCCGUAUCGGAGGUGAACUUCCGACCGAUUCCACACUGCCCAAGAAGGUGAAAAAGAAACAGAAAAACAUUGCGAAAGAGUUUUCGAAAGUGUUCGACAUGGAGACGGACCUUGCACCACUGAUGAGUGCUAUCAACGAGGCAGAAAACAUGCUACGGGAAGCUCAAAAACAACCAUCGCCCGGAUAUAUCAUACAGAAGAAGGAGGUAAGACCGACAAAGGAAGGUGAAAAAGAGGAGUAUUACUUCACCAAUCUGGAGUACCAGCCGUACUUGUACAAUCAGUACCAGGGUGAACCGUUUAAGGCGUUCGAUUCGUUCACGACAGCGGUGGACGAGUUUUACUCUUCGCUGGAAAGCCAAAAGAUUGAUCUGAAGGCAUUCGCCCAAGAGCGCGAGGCACUGAAGAAGCUGUCGAACGUAAAGACCGAUCAUGCUAAACGUAUCGAAGAAUUGACCAAGGCACAGCUGGAAGAUCGUAAAAAGGCGGAACUGAUUACACGCAAUCAGGAUUUGGUGAACAAAGCGCUGCUUGCGGUGCAGAGUGCACUGGCGGCGCAAAUGUCCUGGACCGACAUACAGGAUUUGGUGAAGGCGGCCCAAGCAAACAAGGAUCCGGUGGCAUCCUGCAUUCGGCAGCUAAAGCUCGAGAUUAAUCACAUUUCGCUGUAUCUGACCGAUCCGUACGCUUCGUUGGAUGAGCAAAGCAGUAGCGAAGAGGAAGAGGAUAGCGAACGGGAGGCCGAUGAAGCGAAGCUGGAACCGAUGGUGGUCGAUGUGGAUCUCGCACUGUCAGCUUUUGCCAACGCAAGGCGCUACUACGAUCAGCGACGUUUUGCAGCACGCAAGGAACAGAAAACGAUCGAGUCCAGCUCGAAAGCGUUGAAGAACGCGGAACGGAAAACGAUACAGACACUGAAGGAUGUCCGCACGCAGACGACCAUCUCGAAGGUACGGAAGGUGUAUUGGUUCGAGAAGUUUUAUUGGUUUGUUAGCUCGGAAAACUAUCUGGUGAUUGGUGGACGGGAUCAGCAACAGAACGAGCUGAUUGUGAAGCGUUACAUGCGACCGACGGACAUUUACGUGCAUGCCGAAAUUCAGGGCGCAUCGAGCGUGAUAAUCAAAAACCCGGCUGGAGGUGAGAUUCCUCCGAAAACUCUACUAGAAGCGGGCACGAUGGCCAUCUCGUACAGCGUUGCGUGGGAUGCGAAGGUAGUGACGAGCGCUUACUGGGUGCACAGUGACCAGGUCAGCAAAACUGCACCAACAGGAGAAUAUCUCACGACCGGUAGUUUCAUGAUCCGAGGGCGGAAAAACUUCCUGCCACCCUGUCACCUGGUGUUGGGAUUAUCGUUUCUAUUCAAGCUAGAGGACAGCUCGGUCGAGCGACAUCGUGGAGAGCGUCGAGUGAGAACGUUUGAUGAUGAAUCGGUCGUUAGUAAGGAUGAUGUGCGAUCGGAAAUAUCCGAGCAACCUGACCAAGAGAUUAAGCUGGAUGAUGUUGAAUCGGAUCGGGAGGACGAUCACGAUGCGUUAAAAGGCCAACAGGAAGCGGUAGGUGAGGAGGCAUUGCCUGAAAAGGUUUCCCAGCUGUCCAUCGUAAAAGAGACGGAUGAAAACAUCGAACAGGAGAUGGACCAAGAAGAGCAAGGCUUGCCCCAGUUCCCCGAUACACACAUCAAGGUGGAACACGACACCGGCAAAGUGUCGGUUCGUCCCGAUCCUGUACUGCAGCGUCUAACGUCGGAGCCGGACUCCGAAUCUGCCUUCCAAAUCUUUCUUGGCGAUGAUAAGCCGUACAUAAUUCAACCAUCCGCACCACGCAAAAAGCAGAUCUCGAAGAGCAAACAGAAGGCAAAGGAUCAGAAAGAGAAGGAACAGAAAGCGAAGGAAAAGCAAAGUGCUCCGGCAAAGGAGGAUCCACAAAAGCAAGGUCAGCUGAAGCGUGGCCAGAAGGCAAAGAUGCGUAAAAUCAAGGAGAAGUAUAAGGAUCAGGACGAUGACGAUCGGAAGCUAAUUAUGGAUAUUCUAAAAUCGGCUGGCAAUCGUAAGCAGGAGGAAGAGGUGAAGGACGACGGGGACAAGCGGUCCGAUGGGCAGGGCGGUGAGAAAGGUGGUGAUCGGAAACGUACGCCGCGACUAAAACCGGGUGAGUUUGAAGAGUUGGGCGAUGAUACACCGGCCGCUGCCGAUUUAGACAUGCUGGAUACGUUGACCGGUCAACCGGUUGAGGAGGACGAGCUGCUGUUUGCAAUUCCGGUGGUGGCACCUUACCAAUCGCUACACAACUACAAGUACAAGGUGAAGUUAACGCCCGGCACCGGGAAGCGUGGCAAGGCGAGCAAGAUGGCACUGCAAAUUUUCCUCAAAGAUAAGCAAUGUACGCCACGGGAAAAGGAUCUGCUGAAGGCGGUGAAAGAUGAGGUGCUGGCUAGGAACAUUCCCGGCAAGGUGAAACUGUCCGCACCCCAGAUGCAGAAGGUACGAAAGUGA